UCCGCGUCGGACGUCCGCGACCUUGCGGUUCUGCAGUUUUAUCGCCGGAUCUAUUUAUAUAUUUAUACGCGUUUAUGGCUUCCGGCACUUAUUUUUCGCGAGCGCGAUCGCCGCCGAGCCGCGGCUGAAGAGCAUCGGCAUAAUCUCGAAGUGGGUGACACAGGUGCUCCCACUCGGCGUUGCAGCAACGCGCUGACCUACAGGCGGAAACCAUGUAUGGCUCCAGCAGCCGGCUCGAGACGCGCAACCUUGAGGGAGACACCGAUCCCCCUUCCACUGGCUUCGCGAGCCGGCGGAAAAAAGAGGCAAGACUGCAGCGCUGCACCCAUAUGCGCGCACAAUGCGAUGCGGCUUUUCCGAGGCGGAAAAAGCGAUAGACCGCGAGCGCGCGCUCUCAAAAGAAGCCGCGCGUCGGACGAGUGCCGGCCGAGUAACUAGUGCCGCGAAUUUCGAGGAGGCGCAAGGAUGUUUUACAGAUUCUACGAUCGCUACCGGGUCUUCAACGACCGGAGGCGCAAGCCUUUCCCCUACAGAUUCUAUUGGGAGAACUACAGGAACUCGGUGCUGACGAUCGUGCACGUGGACUACUGCGUGGACGAGAACGGGGACGCGCACCGGACCUCGCGCUACGAGCUGAUGAACCGCGACGACGGCGGCGCCCGGCUGGUCGUGCGCCGCGGCCAGCCCUUCGUCGUGGACCUGGCCCUGUCGCGCAACUACGAUCCGGCCAUCGACGGCAUGUCCAUCGUCUUCACGCUCGACGGGGUCAAGAGGCCGCAGUACGGGCACGGCACGCUCGUCGCCUCGCCCGUGCUGCACCCGGGCGAGCUCUCCGAGGGCUCCUGGCAGAGCGUCGUCGAGGCCUACGCCGAGAACUCGCUGCGGAUAAAGGUGACCCCGGCCGCGGACGCUAUUAUUGGAAAGUGGAGGAUGGACAUCGACACGAAGAGGAGAGACUCGGAGGGUGCCGUCAGUUUCACCGUGGACAAUCCGUUCUACGUGAUAUUCAAUCCUUGGUGCCGAGAGGACGCGGUGUUCAUGGGCAGCGAGGCGGAGCGGCAGGAGUACGUGCUGGCCGACAGCGGGCUGAUCUGGCGGGGCACGAGCAACCGCAUGAGGCCCUCCGUCUGGAAGUACUCGCAGUUCGAGCGCGACAUCCUCGACUGCGCGCUCUACAUGGUGCUCGAGCUGGGCAAGGUCCGCGUCUCGGCGCGCAACGACCCCGUCGUCGUGUCCCGCGUGCUCUCCGCAGCCGUCAACUCGCCGGACGACUACGGCGUCGUGAUGGGCAACUGGUCGGAGGACUUUGGCGGCGGCACGCCGCCCUCCCAGUGGAUGGGCUCGCAGAAGAUCCUGCAGCAGUACUACCGCAGCAAGAAGCCCGUCAAGUACGGCCAGUGCUGGGUCUUCGCGGGCGUGCUCGCGACCGUCUGCCGGAGCCUCGGGCUGCCCUGCCGCGUCGUCACCAACUACUCGAGCGCCCACGACACGCAGAACAGCCUGACCGUCGACUACUUCGUCGACGAGAACGGCAAGAUCAUGGAGGAGCUCAACAGCGAUUCCAUAUGGAACUUCCACGUGUGGAACGAGGUGUGGAUGAAGAGGCUGGACCUCACGCCGGACUGCCACGGCUGGCAGGUGAUCGACGCUACGCCCCAGGAGCUGAGCGAGGACGCCUACCGCUGCGGCCCGGCCUCCGUGGCGGGCGUCAAGCGCGCCGAGAUUCGCCGGCCCUACGACAACAGCUUCGUCUUCGCCGAGGUCAACGCGGACAAGGUGUUCUGGCGGUACAACGGGCCCUCCCAGCCGCUCAAGCUCGUGCGGAAGGACGUGCACGGCAGGGUCGGGCAGUACAUCAGCACCAAGGCGGUCGGCAGAUGGGAGCGCGAGGACAUCACGCACAGCUACAAGUACCCGGAGAAGUCGAGCGAGGAGCGGGCUGCCAUGCUGAAGGCGCUGCGCCAGAGCGAGUCCCUCUUCAGCCGGUACUACCUGAACGAGGAGUUCAACGACAUCGUCUUCAACUUUGAGCUGCGGGACGACAUCGUCAUCGGCCAGCCUUUCAGCUUUCAAGUCCGCACUUGCUCUUUCUGCCCCAGCGUCGUCCUGACGGUGAAGAACCACAGCUACGUGGACACGUACCAGGUCUCGGUGAUACUGCGCGUGGAGACGGUCACGUACACCGGCAAAGUGGGCGAGCCGGUGAAGAGGUCCGACAGCGAGCGCUUCGUCCGGCCCGGCGCGACCGACGAGGUGCGGCUCGAGGUGUCCUGGGCCGAGUACGGGCCGAGGCUCCUCGACCAGUCGGCCUUCAACAUCUCCUGCCUGGCCACCGUCAAGGACACCAACUUUGAGUACUUUGCCCAGGACGACUUUCGCGUGAGGAAGCCCGACAUCGUGCUGGAGCUCGACAAGGAUCCCGUAGUCGGCGAGCUGCUGGAAGCCACGGCCCGCUUCGCGAACCCCCUGCCGAUAGCGCUGAAGCGGGGCAAGUUCUUGAUCGAGGGCCCGGGCCUGAAGGAGCAGCUCAAGCUCAAGCUCGCGGAGGACGUGGAGGUGGGCGGCGAGGCCGUCUGCAGGUUCAGCAUGACCCCGCUGUUCGAGGGCAGGGCCACCAUAGCCGCCAAGUUCUACUCGAAGGAGCUCGACGACGUUGACGGCUUCAUCAACUUCACGGUCAAGCUGCCGGCCUACGGAAGCGAGUAGCGAGGCUUUAUCCGGCCCGAGGGGCCAAGCCCUUCGCAAGUGUACGAAUAGUCAGCGCGCUCGAACUGUCUUUUUUAUCACGAUUUCUAUAACCCUAGACGAUGCUAGAUGUAGUAGAAUGUAUACUUACCCUUAAGCUUAAGCGAAGCCUGCUUUGUAGAGCGGUUCCACGCAGAGUACGUGCCAAUAACAGUUGGGAUAACCGCAGUUAUCCGAACUAGCCUUUGUGUAUGCGAAAUCCGGCGAGAAAUAAAUAAGCUUCGUUACAUCACACUAA